AUGCCGGACCGGGCCGAGCCACCUGCUGCGGGCCACGGCGCCAUUACAGAAACAGAAGCCCAUCGCGCCCACAACCAAUUAACAAUUGAAAUCCGGAUGGCUGGCAGCGCUAUGGUAAUGCACGAGGAAAUAUACGUGGACAGCGACGACGUGUGCGGCGGCGGCGGCAGCAAGCGGCGGCGGUCGCGCACCAACUUCAACAGCUGGCAGCUGGAGGAGCUGGAGAGGGCCUUCCUCGCCUCCCACUACCCGGAUGUCUUCAUGCGGGAGGCGCUCGCCAUGCGCCUCGACCUCAAGGAGUCGCGCGUCGCCGUGUGGUUCCAGAACCGGCGCGCCAAGUGGCGCAAGAAGGAGCACACGAAGAAGGGCCCGGGCCGGCCGGCGCACAACGCGCACCCGCAGACGUGCAGCGGGGAGCCCAUCCCGGAGGAGGAGCUGCGGCGCAAGGAGCGCGAGCGGCGCGAGAAGAAGCUGCUCAAGUCGCUGGAGCGCCAGCAGCGCAAGCUGGCCGCCAAGGGCGUCGCCGUCGACCUGGACACGCUGCGCCGAGAGUGGGAGGCCCAGCAGCAGCAGCAGCAGGCGGGGGGCGGAGGCUGCCGCAAGGUGGCGGGGGCGGCGGCGGCCGCGGCGGCGGCGGCAGCGGCGGCUGUCUCGCGCCACCAGCUGCUGUCGGCGCACGACUCGUCCAGCUGCUGCAGCAGCACAAACGCCUCCACGGCGACGGCCCGCGACGUCGAGAUCGACGUGGUGGGCGACCCCUCCGAGGACGAGGCGGCCGCCCACGCAGACCAGCCGCAGUUCGACUCCCCUAACUCCCACGCCACCCGGCCGGAAGACUACGGCUCCUUCCAGCCGUUCCAGCAACAGCAGUUCCACCACCACCACCAGCAGCCGCUGGACGUCCCCAAGUCGCCGUCACCGCCCGCGUCCAGCGACGCGGCCAAGCAGCGCAGGCCCAACCCGUUCAGUAUCGAGUCGCUGCUGUCGCGACCCGACGACCGACACCAGCGGCACACGCCACCGGCGCCGACGCCGCCCCCACGCGACGCCGGGACGCUGUGCAGGCCGGCGCCCGUCUCGCUGAGCGGCGGCGUCCUCAUCGGCAGCAGGACGCCGCCCACGGGCUGCUUCAGCCACCUCAUCACCGGCUAG